GGCAAGACGCACCCUCGGGGUAAAACGCCUCUUUCCAUUUACUCGGCCUGUAUGGACUUUAUGCGGAUGUCUAACGACUGCAGACAGUGCUGCCAUCAAACGGCUGGUGUAUACAAAAGCACAAACGCUGAUAACUGACGAUAAUGGUUCGGAUAUAUAAAAGGAAAACGGACCGAGGGAAGUAUGGUGGUGAAAAGCUCAAAUCAGCACUAAAUGCCCUAAAAGAUCAGCCGCUGAAGCAGGUUAGUCGCCAGUAUGGUAUUCCAGCUCGCACGCUACGUCGACACCGGGACCUCAAGGUGAAAUACAGCGGCGUUGUUGUUCUUGGGCCAAAGCAGCCAGUGUUGUCACAUGACGUCGAACGCUUACUGAUCCAACAUAUUACACACAUGGAGAGGUCUUUGUAUGGGCUAUCGACGGUCGAUGUAAGGCGACUUGCUUUUGAACUAGCUGAACGACUUGGCAUCAAGCACAACUUCAAAUCCGAAUCGAAGAUGGCUGGUCGUGAUUGGUUGCAAGGCCAUUUUCAGUCGUCAUCCAGAUAUAGCUAUCCGCAUUCUGCUGAGGUGCUGACGUCGUCCCCAUACAAAAGCAGGUUGGUUGAGAUAGCGGAAAAGAAAACUAAAAAGACUGUGAAAGAACUAAGACCGGCAAAGAUGAUUACAAAGGGGAAAGGCCAGAGCAGUGGAAAAGGAAAAGGAAAGGCUAAACCAAGACCACGUAAGAAACAGAGGUGCGAAAUGAGCAGCAGUGAGGAUGAAGAGUGGCCAUGUCUUAUAUGUGGAGAACCAUUCGAAAACAGCAGACCACGCGAAGUGUGGGUCCAGUGCCAUGACUGUAAGAAAUGGGCGCACAGAGAUUGUACAGAGGGUCAAGACUGUUUUAUUUGUCCCAACUGUGAUUCAGAUAGUGACUGAUAUCUGAUUCAAUGAUACAAACACCAGUUCAGAUACAAAUAGGGGGCAAACUGUUGUUUUAAUGAAGUUCAGGUUUCUUCCUUGAUUAAAAGUUGAAAGUUUUGUUUCAUUUAUGCUGGGGCAUCUUACCCCACAUUAAAGGGCGUUUUGCCCCAGGCACGGGGCAAGAUGCCCCCUUGGAUAAAAAUAUUUUAUUAAAGAUUGCAUGUUCAA